GCGCGGGGGAUGCGGAGCUGAGCGGAGCUGCGCGGUGUGCGUGGGGCUGAGAGGGCUGUUGUGGCUGCGCUGAUUUUGCCGUCUUUGCGGGCUGUUGUGGCUGCGCGGAUUUUGCCGGCUUUGCGGGCUCUUGUGUCUGCGCGGACCGUGCCGGCUGCGCGGGGCUGCGCGGAGCAUGUCGGCGCUGCGGCGCAAGCUGGGCGAUGAGUACCAGGUGGUGAGCACCUCGGCCAGCGGCGGAGGCCUCCCGCCCCCGCGCAGCGCCCCGCGGGGGAAGCGCCAGCGCUUCGUGGACAAGAACGGGCGCUGCAACGUGCAGCACGGCAACCUGGGCGGCGAGACCAGCCGCUACCUGUCCGACCUCUUCACCACGCUGGUGGACCUCAAGUGGCGCUGGAACCUGUUCAUCUUCAUCCUCACCUACACCGUGGCCUGGCUCUUCAUGGCCUCCAUGUGGUGGGUGAUCGCCUACAUGCGCGGGGACCUCAACAAGGCGCACGACGACAGCUACACCCCGUGCGUGGCCAACGUGUACAACUUCCCCUCCGCCUUCCUCUUCUUCAUCGAGACCGAGGCCACCAUCGGCUACGGCUACCGCUACAUCACCGACAAGUGCCCCGAGGGCAUCAUCCUCUUCCUCUUCCAGUCCAUCCUGGGCUCCAUCGUGGACGCCUUCCUGAUCGGCUGCAUGUUCAUCAAGAUGUCCCAGCCCAAGAAGCGAGCCGAGACGCUCAUGUUCAGCGAGCACGCCGCCAUCUCCAUGCGCGACGGCAAGCUCACGCUCAUGUUCCGCGUGGGCAACCUCCGCAACAGCCACAUGGUGUCCGCCCAGAUCCGCUGCAAGCUGCUCAAGUCCCGGCAGACCCCGGAGGGAGAAUUCCUGCCCCUGGACCAGCUGGAGCUGGACGUGGGCUUCAGCACGGGGGCUGACCAGCUCUUCCUGGUGUCCCCCCUGACCAUCUGCCACGUCAUCGACUCCAAGAGCCCCUUCUACGACCUGUCCCAGCGCAGCAUGCACACGGAGCAGUUCGAGAUCGUCGUCAUCCUCGAGGGCAUCGUCGAGACCACCGGGAUGACGUGCCAAGCCAGGACAUCCUACACGGAGGACGAGGUGCUCUGGGGCCAUCGCUUCUUCCCGGUGAUCUCCUUGGAGGAAGGGUUCUUCAAGGUGGAUUAUUCCCAGUUCCACGCCACCUUCGAGGUGCCCACCCCACCCUACAGCGUGAAGGAGCAGGAGGAGAUGCUCCUCAUGUCCUCGCCCCUGAUCCCGCCCGCCGUCAGCAACAGCAAGGAGAGGAACAACUCCGUGGAGUGCCUGGAUGGGCUCGACGAGGUGGGCACAAAGCUGCCCUCAAAACUGCAGAAAAUCACCGGGAGGGACGACUUCCCAAAAAAACUGCUCAGGAUGAGCUCCACCACCUCGGAGAAGGCCUACAGCAUGGGCGAUCUGCCCAUGAAACUCCAGCGCAUCAGCUCGGUGCCCGGCAACUCCGAGGAGAAACUGGGCUCUAAGACCACCAAGAUGAUGUCGGAUCCCAUGAGCCAGUCGGUGGCAGAGCUGCCCCCCAAGCUGCAGAAGCUCUCGGGGGGCGGCGGCAGGAUGGAGGGGAACCUCCCGCCCAAACUGCGCAAAAUGAAUUCCGACCGCUUCACAUAACACGGCUGGGACUGCCAGGAGGGCAGCGGGGGCUGCCGGGGGCUCGGGGCC